CCGAGUGAAACCCCGCCCUCAAACCCUUCCAUUUCCACCCAAAAGGCGCCCGCCCGCAGUGACGCCCUGCCCUCCGCGUCUCGGUGCGACGUGUCCCUCGGCCGGCGGCAAUCAUGGAUCAGGUAAUGCAAUUUGUGGAACCCAGCCGUCAGUUUGUAAAAGAUUCCAUACGACUUGUUAAGAGAUGCACCAAGCCUGACAGGAAAGAGUUCCAGAAGAUUGCCAUGGCAACAGCAAUAGGCUUUGCGAUAAUGGGAUUUAUUGGUUUCUUUGUCAAAUUGAUCCAUAUCCCAAUCAACAAUAUAAUUGUAGGUGGCUGAAUAUUCAUCAUGAAGAAGGCAGUUGUGACACCUGCUGCAAUGAUUUCACAGCUUUAAUUUGUUUGAUAUUAAACAAACUCAGUUUGCAUUUUCAAACA